CUGUCACGCGCUUACGUACGCGCUCCUCAAAACAUUACUUUUAGAACAACUUUAUUAAUAUGUAAGGUUUUACCAAAAUUGAAUUUGGUUAUUUUUUUUGCUUCGAUCGUUUCCUUCCUUUAUCAUCAAUCAUCUUCUUCUUCUUCAUUCGAAUCUCAUCAUCAAAUGAUUCUUUUGUCUUUCUUCCCUUAAGAUUCCCUGGAAAGCCAAGGAAAUCGCGAGGAAAAUUUUAAACAUUUUUAUAAACAGCGUUUAAUAAUUCUUUAAAACCAUCCAGCUCAAGUUUGGUAGCAAGUAAGCACAAACAUUUAAUCCCAUUAUUAAGGAUUCAUCUUUAACUUUGAGAAAGACUUUAAAUUCUUAUCUGAACUUUCAAAAACCCCUUUUUUAGAUAGAUUUGGUUGUCUUUGUUUUAACGAGAGAGAGAGAUUGAGAAGCUUUUGAGUUUUAUUGAUUCUCGUGUCAUUGAGAAGAUCAUCUCACCUAACUCGGCGGCGACGACGACGACGACCGACGAUAUUCUUCGAGUUGAGAAAACCCCUAGAAACAGUCUUCUUCGGGGGUAAUCAAAGAAGCUGAUGAGGUCACGAGGUGAUGAUGUCUCUGAAGCAGAUGGUAGAUCAGAUGCUAGUUCUUCUAGAAGCGAAGAAGAUACAGGUCUUCAGGAGAAAACCUCAAAUUCGCUAAACGGGUCUCAAAGAUCUGGGAAAAGUGUGAGAAAUGAGGAGCUUGGAGAGCUUCAUUACGGAUCAGAUUCUUCUUCUAAGAACAAGACCAGCAACCCUAUUGAGUAUACAGAGCAAGAGCGAGCUGAGCUUCUAAGAAGGUUAGAUUCUAUCAAAGAUCAUCUCCUUCGUGGUGGUGGUAAUGCAGUUGAUAGACCUAAAGAACCAGAUCAGAAUCAGCCAUUUCUCAGGCCAAUUCAUCUCCACGGUCCUAAUCCUAAUCCUGGUCCUUCUUAUUACCACCCAUAUCCAGAGCCAAUUCCGUACCCUGGACCGGUUCAUGGAAUGUAUCCUCAAGGUUAUCAAGAUCCUUAUGGGUUCCAAAUCCAUAGAAGACCACCUCCAGUUCCAAAUCCAAACUGGUAUCCUCCUGGUCAGUACCCUAAUCAGAUGACCCGUCCAUAUCCUGUAGGUCAAUAUGUCGAGAUUGGUUCUGAUAUAGUUGAGCCACAUUCUUACUAUCCAGCUACACCAAGUAGGUACAGUGACCUGCCUCCGUAUAGCCCGGUUUCUUCUCACCACCGUGGCGAGAAACUUACAACACAGUACAGUGAUAUGCCUCCGUAUAGCCCUGUUUCUUCUCACCAUCGUGGCGAGAAACUCAUAGCACCUUACAGUCCACGUGUCAAUAACAGUUCAAGUUUUCCUUCUUCGAUGGGUUCUCCAGGUCCUCGAGGUGGUUACACAAGGUGGCCAAGUGAUCUUGAUUCUGAAAUGGGUGGUGCUUUUGCUCGUGGGUAUGUUAAGAAAGCCGUUUCGGAUACUGAUUCUCGUCGUUGCCAUCCUCUUGCUGGUGGUGCUCCUUUUAUAGCUUGUCAUAGUUGCUUCGAGCUGCUUUACUUGCCUAAGAAGAAGCUUUUGGCUCAGGAAAGACGACAUAAGCUUCAAUGUGGCGCUUGUUCUGAAGUUAUUAGUUUCACAAUUGUCAAUAAGAAACUCGUUUUCUCUUUUGGUAAUGAGGAAACGAACCCAGUCCCUCAAGAGGUUGAAGAUAGAAGCACAACAAACACAGUGGUGGUAGAGGAACUUUCAUCUGUUGAUUUCAACAACUCAGGUAGCGAUUUUCCGCGUAAGGAUGAAGAAGAACCAAUACAGGAAUUUAGGAAACAUCAGGAUACUGCGCAAAGCAUCCAAUCUGAAUCUCAACAGUCGGAUGAUGAAGAUAGAUCAAGCAUUUGUAGUGAACAACAACAAAAGGAGGUCAAAUCUGUUCGUCGGCGAGCUAAAGGCUCAAAUGCGUCUAAACCCGCUUCUUCUGAUAAUGCCAGUCUACUUGAACUUUUUGAGUAUUCUAAUGUAAACCGAGCUGCACUCGCUUACGGAAUGGCGCAGUUAGGUUAUGACAAGCCAGAUAAGCAAAAGUCUUUCAUGAAAGAGGACUCACUGAAACCGGAAUCAGUAGCUACAGAGACAGAUGUUUCAUACAACGGAUACUCUAACACUGAGAUCUCUGAAGAUUCAAGGUACUCAAACGGAAGAGAAGACAACAACAGACCAAGAAGCAGAAAGGGUAGCGAGUACGGUUCCACAGAGAUCACAACGAGGUCCUCUACUGAUCGAAAUGAAGAUGAGAUACAGUCAUUGGAGGUUUGGGUUAACGGACAUCUUAUACCGGAAAAUCUGGUUAGCAGUGCUGAGAAAUUAGCUGGACCAAUACAAGCCGGAAAGUAUUGGUAUGAUUACCGAGCUGGGUUCUGGGGCGUGAUGAGUAAACCGUGUCUCGGUAUAAUACCUCCGUUUAUUGAAGAGUUUAGCCAUCCAAUGCCGGAUAACUGCGCUGCAGGGAACACAGACGUGUUUGUAAAUGGAAGAGAACUUCACAAGCGAGAUUUCGAGAUACUAAUGCGCCGUGGUCUUCCUGAAGACAAGAACCGUUCGUACAUUGUAGAUAUAUCAGGAAGAAUCCUUGAUGGAGAUUCAGGGGAAGAACUUAAAAGCCUUGGCAAAUUAGCCCCAACGAUUGAGAAGGUGAAGCAUGGAUUCGGCAUGAGAGUUCCAAGAUCAUUAGCUUCAUGAGAGCUCUCCACAAGUAACAGCAACACAACCAAAUAUGACUCUGCCUCUUGGUUCAAUCUUGAUAUUAUUUAUUUGUUAAAAAAGAAGAAAAAUUGUAAAGUGUGCUUUUUUAUUCGCGGAAAAGGUUAGGUUUUUGAAUCUCUGAUUCAAUGAUUGUUUUUUGGUUUCUCUUAAAAAAAUAUUGGGAAAAUGUCUGUAAUUUUUUUGUUGUUGUUGUUGUUGGUCUUGUACUCUUCUUCUUGUAAGUAGACGACGACGUAGACCCUAUUUUUUUGUGAACUCUCCUCACUUGGUGGAACUGAGUUUCUCGGCGCAAUCAGAACAGGUAAGGAGAGGGUUGUUAAUGUUUAUGAAAAUAUACAAACCGGGUUAUCUCGGUGUAAGGUUUGUAACAUUUCCCUUCUUUUCUUUUCCUUAAACUGGUUUGUGAUUUUCAUAAUGGGUUAGAUUAUAUGCAGAAGUUACGAUUACGAUUUA